AAAAAUUAGUCAAAGAAUAGACAAACCCCAUAUUUUAUCUUCUUCCCCUCUGUCAUCAAUGGAUGAAAAAUAGUAGGCAAUUCCAAUCAAAAUUUUGACCUGUAAUGGCCUAAUCAUAGACAUAUUUGGGGGCAAAAAGGUCCCACAUCAAGAACUGACACAAACUGGUGUUAUGGGUAUAAAUGGAAUGUGGGAACUCACGAAUUUGGAUUAUGAUAUUGAUGUUUAAGCUCUUUUCGUGAUUAUGUUUAUAAUGGAAUUGGGUUCGUUUGAUCAUCCAUGGUUUCAUCAGAGUUUUUGAAGAAAAACAGAGUCCCGAGUUUUGUGUGAUGGGUUGUUUGGCAAAGAUUCUUAGGGGGUUUGGUUUGAGUGAUAAAAUCUCAAGGAAACACCAUGGAAGAUAUGGAGAUGAAGAAGGAAUAUUGGAGUCUAAUUCAACAACCUUGGAGACAUUAUCCGACUUUGAUAGUGAAGAAAUUGAUCGAGCAAUUGCACUUUCCCUUUUAGAAGAAGAUGCAAGAAGCACCAUUUCUGUUGAAGAAGAAGAUAGCAAUGAACAUGAUGAUGAUGAUGAUGAUGAUGAUGAUGAUGAUGAUGAUGAUGAGGAGGAGGAGGAGGAGGAGGAUGGUGAUGGUGAUGGUGAUGGUGAUGACCAUGGAUCAAUUUCAUGUGAAGAAGACGAUGAAAAACGAGCGGGUUCUUGUCUAGAAGAAGAUGGAACGGAAUCGGAAUCAGAUUCCGAUUCCGAAGAAGAUAAAGGAAAAAAAGUAAUCGAUGAUGAUGAUAAUGAUUCUCAUAUAGAGGAAGAUGAAGAGCUUGCCAAGGCUCUUGAAGAAAGUUUGAAUGUGGAUAUUUCACCACCUCAGAAUGAUUAUGGAAACGUGAUUCCGCCUUUGUCAUACUCCUAUUCCGGUGGAUACAGGAUAUGUGCCGGUUGCAACGUAGAAAUCGGCCAUGGGAGAUUUCUAAGUUGCAUGGGAGGAGUUUGGCAUCCCGAAUGUUUCCGUUGUCAUGCUUGCAAUCUACCAAUAUCUGAUUAUGAGUUCUCCAUGUCUGAAAACCGGCCAUUUCACCGAUCAUGCUAUAAAGAACACCAUCACCCAAGAUGUGACGUGUGCAAAAACUUUAUUCCAACGAAUGGAAAUGGAUUGAUUGAAUAUAGGGCGCAUCCUUUUUGGGCACAAAAGUAUUGUCCAUCACAUGAGCAUGAUAGGACUCCUCGAUGUUGUAGUUGUGAAAGAAUGGAGACAAGAGACACGAAAUAUUUGUUAUUAGAUGAUGGUCGAAAGCUAUGCUUGGAGUGCCUUGAUUCCGCUAUAAUGGAUACUCAUGAAUGCCAACCACUUUAUCUUGAAAUCCAAGAUUUUUAUGAAGGAUUGAACAUGAAAAUUGAGCAACAAGUUCCAUUGUUGUUGGUUGAAAGACAAGCUCUAAAUGAAGCCAUGGAAGGCGAAAAAAAUGGUCAUCACCACAUGCCCGAAACUAGAGGACUUUGUCUAUCAGAGGAACAAACUAUCAGCACUAUAACAAAACGACCAAGAGUUGGAGCAGGACGUUUAAUUGACAUGUUUACAGAACCUUAUAAGCUAAUUCGUCGAUGUGAAGUCACAGCCAUUCUCAUCUUAUACAGUCUCCCUAGGUUAUUGACCGGUUCAAUAUUGGCUCACGAAAUGAUGCACGCAUGGCUCCGGCUUAAAGGGUUCUCUAACAUUCCACCUAAUGUUGAAGAAGGAAUCUGUCAAGUUUUAGCUCACAUGUGGUUGGAUUCAGAGAUUAUGGCUGGUUCUGGUAGCUCAAAUAUUGCUUCCAGUUCCACGUCAUCAUCUUCUUCAUCUGCAACUGUUGCCACGUCAUCAAAAAAAGGAAAAAGGUCUGAUUUUGAGAAGCAACUUGGUGAGUUUUUUAAACACCAAAUUGAAACGGACACCUCAGCAGCUUAUGGUGAUGGGUUUAGAGAAGGGAAUAAAUCCGUGCUUAAAUAUGGGCUUAGAAGCACUCUUGAUCAUAUUCGACUUACUGGAAGAUUUCCUUGUUAGUUUAAACAAAUAUAUAUAUAAAAAAAAAGAUUAAUUA